GUCAACGUACUAUCCAGGGAACUUAGCCAUCAGCUUACCUCUGCCUUGAGCAAAGCUCUCGGUCAUUCAUCUAUUCGAUCCGCAGUUAUAAUUUCAGGAAAUCCUGAAUGUUUUAUUGCUGGAGCAGACAUAUCGAUGCUUGCUGCUUGUAAAUGUGAAGAAGAAUUUUAUAAGUUAUCACGAGAGGCCCAGGAACAACUUUCUAUUUUGGAACAUUCUUCAAAGCCUGUCGUCGCAGCAAUUAUGGGUAGUUGUCUUGGAGGAGGAUUAGAGUUAGCUCUCGCAUGCCAGUACAGAAUUGCUGUAAAUGACAAGAAAACUGUUAUAGGUUUGCCUGAAGUCAAACUUGGUAUUCUUCCUGGGGCGGGUGGCAUUCAUCGUGUUCUCAAAUUAUCUAAUAGCUAUUUGGAUGCAAUUCAGUUUGUUCUCACUGGCAAAAAUAUUGAUGCCAAGAAGGCUAUGAAAAGUGGCUUGAUUCAUCAUGUGGUUGAGCCAUUAGGUCCUGGUAUUGCUCCAGCCAAAGUGCGAACGCGCGAUUAUCUUGAGGAGGUGGCCAUUGAUGUGGCAAGGCAAGUACACAUAAUAUGA